UAGAGAGCAUUUCGCUUGGAUGACUGAAAGUAUGGAUAGAGUCAGUUUUAAAAUAAAUGGCGUUAAAUAUUCAGUUGGCGGCGAAGUCAGUUCGAAUUUGACUCUACUUAACUACAUCAGAGAGAACCUGGAAUUGAGAGGCACUAAGUAUAUGUGUCAGGAAGCCGGAUGCGGCGCAUGCGUGGUCGUUGCACAGAAACCAUCUGCUCUACCAUAUGCUGUCAACUCGUGUAUGCUACAAAUAGUUGCCUGUCAUGAACUUGAGAUCACAACUAUAGAACAACUUGGUAACAAGAAAACUGGUUACCAUCCACUGCAGCAAACGCUAGCUGAUUACAAUGGAACCCAGUGCGGGUACUGUUCGCCUGGAUGGGUCAUGUCUAUGUACAGUCUCCUCCGAAAUAAACCUGAUAUCACGAUGUUGGAAGUAGAACAAUCAUUGGGCAGCAACAUCUGCCGGUGUACAGGGUACAGACCAAUAUUAGAUGCAUUCAAGGAAUUUGCGAAAGACAGCCCAAAACGUCAAAUUCUUGAUAUCGAGGACUUAAAAAUUUGCGAAAAAUCUGGAAAAGCUUGUGAUAAAAGUAAUUGCGAGGAAUCUGAGUGGUGCAUUGUUGAAACAGAUGACGUUAUGGGUAAUGAUGUUAUAGAGAUAAGACUCAAUGAUGGCAAGUAUUGGUACAGAGUCGUAGAUGUCCAAAGUAUAUUCAAAAUACUUAAUGAAAAAGGAUAUGAUUCAUACAUGCUGGUAGGCGGCAAUACCGCUAAAGGUAAGAAUAUUAAAUACUUAAAUUAUUGCGGUUUAAUAAAGCUUGAUAUGAAUACUAUUUUGUUUUCAGGUGCUUAUCCAAUUCUUGACUAUCCCAAAGUUCUCAUAGACAUAAAUGGUGUUAAAGAACUCAAAGGUUAUAAAAUAGAUCAGAACCUUGUAAUAGGAGCAGCUGUGGCUCUCACUGAGCUGUUGGAUAUUUUCAAAAAUGUUGGAAAACAAGAGUAUUUUGAGUACCUGACAAAGUUGUAUGAUCAUCUUCAGAAGGUCGCUCAUAUUCCUGUGAGAAAUUUGGGUACCAUUGCUGGGAAUUUGAUGAUAAAACAUAAAUUCAACUUCUUCUCAUCGGAUAUCUAUCUUCUACUAGAAACUGUUGGCGCUAAUUUAACGAUUGGUAUGUUUUCCAUUGAUUUAUACUGUUUACUUCUGACUCUUAAAUUUGACACAUUUCCCCUAAUGCCCAGAAGCACAAAUGCAAGUUCAAUAGUCAGCGCAGGAUUCCUCUACCAGAUCACAAAAUACAACAAGGUUUCAAGAGCAAGAAUAGUAUAUGGUGGGCUAUCCCCAACGUUCAAUAGAGCUCUAAAAACAGAACAAUAUUUAGUUGGCAAAGAACUAUUCACCAAUGAAACAAAAAGGACAAUAGAAAAGAAACAAAAAUCAGUUAAGCACUUAAAUUUCCAGGGCCUGCUCACAUUAUCUCCUGAAAACAUCGUGAAUCCUAGAAUUCUUUCCGGAGCGAUCAGUCUGCAUGACUCUCGACCAGUGUCGCAAGCGCAACAGAAAUACGAUACAGACCCUUCAGUGUACCCGUUAAAUAAACCAAUACCGAAAAUAGAAGCCUUGAUUCAGUGCUCAGGGGAAGCUUUUUAUUCUGAUGAUUUACCGACACAACCCUACGAAGUGUUUGCAUCGUUCGCCCUUACGACUGUCGGUGCUGGUGAAAUUGUAUCUAUAAAUCCACAAAAAGCUCUAAGUCAACAAGGUGUGAUAGCAUUUUACACUGCUAAAGAUAUACCUGGUGUGAAUUCGUUUACUCUGCAGACUAAUACAAAUGUGCCAUCUGGUGAAGAAAUUUUAUGUGACGGUACAGUAAGACAUUAUAACCAACCUUAUGGAAUUAUUGUAGCGGAAACUCAACCCAUAGCAGAAAGAGCAGCUAAAAUGGUUGAAGUUGAGUAUAAGAAUGUAAAAAGACCAGUCAUUGAUAUAAAAGAGGCUGUAAAAGAUGAAAGCAGAGUUAAUUUUUAUGAUUCCGAAGAAGCUGUUGAUAGAGGUGAUGACAUUGAGAAAGUUGUUAAAGGGGGUAACACAAUGUAUGGACAGUAUCAUUUUCCACUUGAAACUAUUGUAUGUGUGAUACAUCCCUCUGAAGAAGGGUUUAUAGUGUAUGCAUCUUCGCAAUGGAUUGGAGGGGUGCAGGUGAUGAUGUCAAAGGCUUUAAACAUGCAACAGAACCGCAUUGAUGUGCAGGUACGUCGUGUAGGCGGUGCCUUUGGUCUGAAAAUAUCUCGCAGCAUACAAUCAGCUGUUGCGUGUGGACUGGUUGUUCAGAAACUAAACCGGCCAUGUCGAUUCAUACAAUCUUUAACAUCAUCUAUGAGGUCUGUUGGAAAGAAGCUUCCGUCUACCACUAAUUUUGAAUUCUUACAUAACAAAAAUGUUAUUUUUACAGGUACAUUUGACAGCGUUGCUCAAGCAGAGUUUAUAAUGGAACAAAUAGCUUACGAACUAUCCUUAGAUCCAGUUGAAGUCAGGUUAAAUAACCUAAAACCAGAAUUUACCAGUUCUCUAGUUGAAAUGUACAACACUCUCAAAAAAGACGGUCAAUAUGAAGACAGAAGAGCAUUUGUAAAUCAAUUCAACAAACAGAAUAGAUGGAAAAAGCGAGGAUUAAGAUUUUCUUUCUUAAACUUCAAUGUUUUUCCCUACGCACGUUAUAACGUUAUUCUAUCAGUGUACUUCGGUGACGGCACUGUUGUCAUAAACCAUGGAGGCAUUGAAAUGGGUCAAGGAAUCAACACGAAAUGCGCCCAAAUUUGCGCCUAUUAUUUAAACAUUCCUGUCGAAAACAUUCAAGUAAAAAGCACAAAUACUAUUAUCUCUCCAAACUGUGUUGAAUCUGGGGCGAGUCUGACGUCACAGAACAUUGGUUUAGGAGUCUUUAGGUGUUGUAUGAAACUAUUAAAAAGACUUGAACCUAUCAAAGCAGAAAAGCCGAAUGCCUCUUGGAUUGAAGUGAUACAAACGGCAAAUGAUUCUAAAAUAGAUUUGCAAGUCCAAGACUUUAUUACGGAGGAUGAUCCAGCGAGGUACGAUUAUAAUGUUUUUGGGAUUGCGUUGACUGAAGUAGAAAUAGAUGUGCUGACUGGUGAAUAUGAGUUAUUAAGAGUGGAUAUUCUGGAAGACGUUGGUAGAAGUGUUAGUCCUGAACUCGAUGUUGGUCAGGUAGAAGGUGCAUUUAUAAUGGGUCUAGGGUACUGGACCAGUGAAAAGCUGUUCUAUGAUGUAAAUACUGGCGAACUACUAACAAAUCGGACCUGGAACUAUAAAGUUCCUAUGUGCACUGACAUACCACAAGACCUCAGAGUUUAUUUCAGAAACAAUUCGUUUACAUUCGAACCUAUACAGGGAGCAAAGAUUGUUGGUGAACCUCCUUUGUGUUUAUCAGUAGGAAUACCAUUAGCUAUAAGAGAAGCUAUAUCACAAGCCAGGCUAGAAUCAAACAUACCUCCAACUGACUGGUUUCCAAUCGGUAAGUUUGGUCUCUUUUAAACGAAUUAUAACAUUUUGUUCAAGAACACUUUUCUAAAUCUUUGUGUUUGCCAAUCACUUAAUACAAUAAGUUUAUUUUGUUUUAGAUGGCCCGUCGUCAGUGGAAACUGUGGGUUUACUGUCUGCCACCGAUCUUAAAGAUUUGGUAUUGAACUGAUGCAAUAAUAAUGUAUUAUUUAUCAAAGCCAUAUUACAAUAGUGUAAAGCACGGACACUUCACGUUCACUUUUUGUUAAUACAUUUAUAAUUUAUUUGCUACAACCAGCACAUAUUCACCAUUUCAGUUUUGAUUGACGUAGCUAGAGACGAUCCGUAGCUUCAAGUAUUAAAUUAACAAAUAAGUAUUAAUUCAUACAAUGAUAUGAAACUCUUCAACCAUUCAAUGAAUACCUCCGAGCACCGUAUAAUCUGUCCCGCCGGUAUGAAAAGCCCGCGCAAACCCGCAGCUGUACACAUUUGCUUGUUAUUUUUUGGCAGGCGUUAUACAGUUGUGAUUUUUGUUUUGUGUCAGAUGCUAAUCGUGAGGAUUCUGUUUUCAACUGUACUGUUCCGAAUUACUUUAUCCACGAACUUUUUGUAUUUUUAGGCACAGCGAUUUUAUGGUAAUUGUUUUAUUUAACGCUAAAUCUCUGUACAUCUGUGUUGUGUAUGUGUAGAUAUAUUUGUGUAAUCAUGAACUUUCUAUAUACACUGGUUAUGUUAUAUCACAAUUAUACAAAUCCAAUAAAUGAUAAAAAGACAAUAUUGA